AUGCCGGGUACAGUCUUACCACCUGCACCACGUUGGGUCCCUGCCCCACUUACAGGGGUGAACUUGGAGUAUGCCGACCUACCCAUCAUCGACUUUGCGAAGUUGGCUACCCCCGGUGGUAGCGCGGAGUUGGCGCAGCAAGUGCACGAUGCAAUGACCACCUCAGGUUUCUUCUACGUGGUCAAUCAUGGUCAUACACAGGCAGAGACCGACAGGAUGUUCGACAUUGGGGAUGUUGCAUUCAGUCAGGUAUCUGACCAGGAAAAGAAGGCCUACGAAGGAAAUGUCAAGGAGACAGGGACGUACCAAGGCUACAAGUUGCGUCAGUACUGGCACAUCGAAGCGGGCGUGAAGGACCAGAUCGAGCACUACAACAUCAAUCGAGACGUUACAAGGAGGCAGCACCCGGAAGCUAUGCGACCGGUCCUGCCUGAAAUCAGCGAGUUCGCCAAAUUCUGUCACUUCAACAUCCUUCACCCCGUGCUUCGGCUCCUCGCCAUUCGCCUCGAGCUGCCAGAGAACACGUUCGUGGACCAAUUCAAUUUCGAUGCCGAGGGUGAUACCUGGUUUCGGGCCAUGAAUUACCCUCGUUCUAAGGACGAAGAAGAGAAGACGAAGAACGUCUGGCUCAAAGGCCACACUGACUACACCGGCAUCUCGAUCCUGUGGAGCCAACCGGUAUCCGCCUUGCAAGUGAUGUCCCCGGACGGAAGAUGGCGCUGGGUCAAGCACAUCGACAACGCAGUCGUCAUCAACGCAGGCGAAGCCAUGGAGUUUCUCUCCGGCGGGUACUACAAAGCGACCAUCCACCGCGUGGUCCAGCCGCCAGAGGACCAGCACGGCUAUCCGCGUCUGGGUCUGUUCUACUUCACCAUGCCCGACGACGACGUUCUGCUCGUCCCGCAAGUCGAGAGUCCCGUCCUGCAGAGAAGCGGCAUCAAGCGGCGCUUCGAGGACGUCGACGCUCCUACUAUGGAGCAGUGGCGGAAGGGCAGGUCCAGUCGGUACGGCCAGGUCAACCUCGAGAAGAGGACCGAUGGCCACGAGCAGGAUGUCGUCCAUGGUAUCGUUGUAAAGCACUACAACUGA